UUGGCCAAAAAUGCCCGUCUGUAGCGAAAACUACGAGAGCGAGAUUGCAGAAGGGCGUAAUUGUCGAAGUGUGAAAUGCAAGUUUUGCGGUUCGGUGAUUUUGAGUCCUUCGACUGCGACAUUUGCCAGUUUUGAGUUUCAGUUGCCCCUCAUCCGCCAGAAUAAAUCGAAUGAGACUGAGCCCGAAACUGAGACCGUUUCGUUUUUCUGGAGCGUUAGCGACAUGUACACUUUCCAAAAUGUGGGGUUUUCGCACACUGUUGGCAACAAUAAGUAUCUGGCGUGUGCCGACUGCGAGGCUGGGCCUAUUGGCUAUCACGAUCUGACGAAUAAGACCAGCUUCGUGGCGCUGAGUCGCGUCCAACAUUCUUAAACUUUAUAUUUUGUAGUUUUUUAAUUUCGUGAAAUAAAUAAUUUAAAUUC